AUGUAUGUACCAGAUUCUAAACCUGAAAGAAGAUACUCACUUACAGCAAUUGUGAUAUUCGUUGCAACUUGCAUUGCUGCUGGUGGGUGGGAUAUAUUUUGGCAUUCAUCAAUCCAUGCUUCGGAAAUUGAUUAUAAAGUUCUACAAACAUUUAAAAACCAAAUGAAAGAGCUCAGGAACACCUAUCCAAGUCAAGAUACAAUAGUGUGGAACAGAAUCCAAGGUACUUUCAAGAAACGUCUAAAUUCUUCUCACCCUCAUUUGGAACCAGCUACUUUAUUACUCGCUGCUUCAAAAGAAGCUGAAGAUGUGUUGAAGUGUUUAAGCAACCAGAUUGCUGAUGCUUUCUCAUCUUCUCAAGGUGCGCUUACAAUUAAAAUUGAUGGGGCCAGCACAAGAGCUCAAGAUAGUGACGCCGUCAAACUUACUGUUGAUAAAAAACUAAGCUCUGGUUUUGAGAAUGGUAACAAAGCAGCGGUAGUCCAUCGGUUUGACUCAUUACCCGCAGGUUCCACCCUGAUUUUUUACAAGUACUGUGAUCAUGAAAAUGCAGCAUUUAAAGAUGUGGCUUUACUAUUAACCGUUCUUCUGGGUGGGGAGUCCCUAAACAAGAGCUUUUCCUUGUUGGAAGUUGAGGAGAGAGUGAAAGAUUUCCUCUGGGCUAAAUUUACUAACUCAGACACACCAAAGUCUUAUAACUACAUGGACACAGACAAGUUGAGUGGCUUGUGGAGUCGCAUAGCCCAUCUAGUCUUACCUGUAUGGCCAGAAAAUUCGUUCCCUCGAGAGAAAUGCUUGCAGAUGAAAUAAGAAGAGGGAGCAAGAAGAAAACACAUUGCAACACGAUAUGUAUUGUAUAAAUCUGUGAAUGUUUAUAUAGUGAGAAAAUGGCAAUUUACUAAUCAGAAUUACUGAAGUUAUAGGUGAUUCAAUAUCAGAAUAAGAUUUCUCCUUUAUAAGGAAGCUGAUAAUCUAUAAAGAACUUUUAGACCUUUAACACAAUUCUAGUGGUUUAUUGGAAAUCAAGAUUCUAUAUACUGAGGGGGGGAGAAAUCUUGUUGUUCAAGCCCACCCAACUUUGUGUAAUAUGAAUUUUUUUUAAAGCAUCAAAAUCCUUACUGUGAUUGUGGGCAACAAGGUAAGAAAUUAUAGUACUAGAUUCCGUCUUUCUGCUUGAAGUUUAAUGGACUGCAAACUUGAAGUUGAGACCACGUUUUCCUAUAGUCUAAGACUUAAUUCUAUCUUACUCCAUUUCCAAAACUGCAUUAAAAAAAAUCUUGUAACUGUGUAUUCUGUAAGUUUCUGCUUUGGCUACAAAAUUAUGUAAGAUGGAAGCCUGUUGACUGAUAGGCUGUUUUUCUCAUUUGAAAACAGCCUAUAAAUAUUAUAUGUAUAGUUUCAAAUAAUUACAGUUGCCUAAAUCCAAAAACACAAGCCUCUUCAGUUAGACUAUCAGUACUAAACAACCAAAAGCUUCCUUCAGAUUUAUGAGAAAUUUGAAUUUUUUUAUUUGAAUUUUAUUUGGUCAAUGACCAGCAAACAUUAAAUAAUAAAAUGGGCUAUAUAAAACAGCGAUAGGAAAUGCAAUCAGGAUUGAGAAGGAGAGAUAAUUGCAUUAUAUAUUAACAACUAUAAAAGAAAUCAAAUAUGGUAUACUCCAUAAACAUCUAAUUACAAUAAUACCCCAUUUAUUUAUCUGAUUAAAGGGGGGGGGAUUCCCUUGGUGCUCUCUGAACUUCCUUGUUUUCUUGCAGACGUUUCAUUACCUUAACCAGGUGACAUCAGUGCUGGGACUAGAGUACCAAGGGCCCCUCAUUUCAAAUACAAAUAUUCUUUAUUAUGACUGAUAAAAGUAAUACAG